GAAAUGGCGGGAGAUGAUGAACACCCUUAAUCAAAUAGAAAAAACGCAUCCAAAUAAAAAAUAUUUCUGCCACCAUAUUCCAUUUUCUUCACGGUGGUUGUUACUUGUUAUUGCUGUGCGAAGGUGAAAAAAGGAAGAACAAUGGAGGAAGCGAAGGAAAAGUGUUGGAGGAUGGAAGUGGAGGAGAAGCUGAAGAGGCUGCAAUCUCUUCUCUUCGGCGCAGAGCGCGCUCUCGAGAACAACGACUUCUCCUCGGCUUACAUCCUCGCGCUUCGUCUCCUCGGAUUCCUCGACGUGAAUUCCCACUCCAACGUCGACGAAGCCUUCGUCCAACCGAUUCGCCGCGACGCUCUCGCCAAACUCCACUUCGCUCGCCAAUCCCUCACUCCUCAAUCUGAUCGCCAAGCUUUUGAACAAGCAAAGAAAUCUCCAGGACGCAUUUUUGGCACAACAGGAGAUAUUGACAUUGAGAAGAUUCGGAAUUCAAAGUACUUCCAAGCUCUUGUCAAGCAAUCUAAAGAAAAGGAUGAGAAUCAAUUGGUUGAUCACCUGGGGAAACAGGACAAAGCGGGCAGCAAAGCCUCAAAGCAAAUGGUGCAAACUAAGUUACCAUCCAUGUAUGGGAAAAGAAGCUUGAGGACUAGCAAUGGUUCCAAGAGUAUUUUUAACAUGAAAAAUAAUAGCUCUGAGGACUGCAUGAGUCUUGAUAGGCCUCAAUCUCAUGCCAGCCAUACAAAGGGUCCAGGUUUCUCUUCUAUCUUGCAAGUUGAAGGAGAAGAAAGAGCUUUUGGAAACACAUUCUCCACAAAACGUGUACACAUGGAAAACAAUAGCCCCAGAGUUGGAUUUGUGAAGUCACCUUCAAGUAAGGAGGAUGUUAACCCUGAUGCUUGUGGUAACGGGUUUGUUACUGCUAGAGCAAAGCUGGAAAUGGAAGCAAAGCAGAAGCGAGGAGUAGGCGGUUCACCCAGUGCCUCUGUCUCACCACAAUGUGAUAACAAUUCUGCCAACAGGCUGUAUGGUGGAAGAUCAUACGGUGUUCCACGACGUGGCGUCCGUGGUAAUUUUGUUCCCCCGAUUAAAUCCAAUGGGAACAAUGCUGGAAAUACAAGCACACGCAUUGCUGGAAAAUGUGAUGAUUCUUUAGAUGACUCUACAAAGAAAUGUCUGGAAAUCCUAUGUGGUCCUGAUGGUGAGCUUCCUGAGAAAUUGAGGAAUUUGGAUCCUCGCCUCAUUGAACAUGUUAGUAACGAGAUUAUGGACAGAGAUCCCAAUGUCCGGUGGGAUGAUAUAGCUGGAUUGGAGCAUGCCAAGAAAUGUGUCAAUGAGAUGGUCGUAUAUCCUCUGCAACGUCCUGACAUAUUCAUGGGCUGUCGUUCCCCUGGGAGGGGUCUGCUUCUGUUUGGUCCCCCAGGAACUGGUAAAACAAUGAUAGGUAAAGCCAUAGCAGGGGAGGCGAAGGCAACCUUCUUUUACAUAUCCGCAAGUUCUUUGACUAGCAAGUGGAUUGGUGAAGGUGAAAAGCUUGUAAGAGCCCUUUUUGGAGUUGCCAGUUGUCGUCAGCCAGCAGUAAUUUUUGUUGAUGAAAUAGAUUCGCUCCUGUCUCAGCGUAAAUCAGACGGUGAGCAUGAAUCAAGUAGACGGCUAAAGACACAGUUUCUCAUUGAAAUGGAAGGCUUUGACAGUGGUAGCGAGCAAAUUUUGCUUAUAGGGGCAACAAAUCGUCCCCAAGAGCUUGAUGAAGCAGCACGAAGGAGACUUACUAAACGACUUUAUAUUCCCCUACCUUGCUCAGAGGCAAGAGCUUGGAUUAUACGUAACCUUCUAGAGAAAGAUGGAUUAUUCAAGCUAUCAUGCGACGAAAUGGAUAUCAUAUGCAAAUUUACGGAAGGUUAUUCAGGAUCAGACAUGAAAAACUUAGUGAAGGAUGCUUCUAUGGGACCCCUAAGAGAGGCUUUAAGUCAAGGUAUAGAAAUUACAAAGUUGAAAAAGGAGGAUAUGCGACCUGUAACUCUUCAGGAUUUCAAGAAUUCCCUCCAAGAGGUGAGGCCUUCUGUUUCCACAAAUGAACUUGGCACUUAUGAACAAUGGAACAAGCAAUUUGGAAGCCUAUCACUGUAGUGGCAUGUGUUAUAACUGAAUGGAGACUAAGCAUAUCAACAGCUAGUCACAGAGAUGGUAGCUACUAGCAAUUACAUCAGUCAGAUAGAGCUGUACCUUAAUACCUGCAGUAUGGUAAUCUUUAUGUUUAAAUCAACUCUCAUCGCGCCUUGCAUAACCCAUUAGAUAUAAAAUUCAAUUGGUGCAAGUUGAAUAUGAUGACGAUGUUUUUAAGAAUUUAGGUCUCAAGCACACAGCAUGUUUUACAGGCAGCAUUUUCUGUGAUGUUGAUUAUGAACAUGUUCAAUUAUCAGGAUUAGCUAUAGCUAAAACAUCUGCAGAACUUCAUUGUAUUGUUUGUCUGAGCAUUUGUUGUUUCUUUUGCUUAAUUAAGACACUGAAAUGUACUAAAUACUAAUUCUUGUAGCUUGGUUUCCAUUUCAUUUAAAUAAAUAUAACUCUAAAUUCAUCUCAA